AUGGAUGGAAAGCCAUGUACGGGCGUCAACCGCAGAGGCGGGGGUCGAAGCAGGGGCUAUGGACGUAAGCAAAGCAGCGGUGCCGUGACCUAUCGACGUGUGCAGAUUGCAGCAGACGAAUUUGUGGAAGACACUGGUGGACAUACCAGCGCCACGACCAAAUGUCGAUCCGUGCCAGGAGUACGAGACGACGCUACAAGCAAAGAUGUUGAGGUAUCGUCUCAUGCUCCGUAUGAGUCCUCGUUGAGGUCUUCGCUGGCGGCAACACCAGACUCAGUAAAGCGAAGUGAACGCUUUGUCCGCGGGAAUCGCGACAGCGCUGUCUCGAAUCGGGAUCGCAGCAGCGAGCGGCCAAAGAGCCUUACACCAAAGAAAAGUGCCGCGCAGGUGCCGAUGAAAGGACUUGCACCGAGUAGUUUGCGGCCGUCUCCAUCGCCGCAGAAGGAGACAGAGUCGACGAAAGCAUUUGUCAGCAGCUUGGCACAGUCGAUUGGUCAUGGAGGAUUUCGCGAUGCAAGAGCGUCGGGGGGCGAGAGGAGUGAAACACGUAUGCAGGGCUCGUCACUACGUCGCUCGAUCAGCCGGGAGCCAGUGAACAGCAUGGGAACCAGAAAGGGAUCGUAUCGUGGUAAAACAUUGGAAUAUGAUGACGGGUCGGUGUCGAGAAGGCGGCCAGCUAGAAAAAGCAGCGUGGAUAGCGUAUCUUCAGUGCGCUCUGACCGCAGCGACAGAAGUCACCGUAGUGAGCGCUACGUCGAGGUGAACCGCCCGAGUAACAAUGGCAGCCUGCAAUCGAAUCGUCGACUGUCGGGCGGAUGGAGUGGAAAAGCGCACUUCAAGCCGACGACAGCGGGAAUUGCUUCCCUUACAAAUAGUCUACGAGAUGUCAGUCAUCCAAAAGAACAUCACACGUCUGAGCGUUCGUUCAGUAGACCGGCACAGGACAAGCCAUCGCGUCGGUCAUCUCUGGGCGAUAGUGCUUCGUCUUUGCGUGCUGUUUCAGAUACUCCGGCUGGAUCAUUGGAAGACAGGGGUGACUCUAACGGUGAUUGUUCACCAAAUUUGCAGCCGUCGUCUUCAGCCCACCAAAACGAUGGAAGAAGUGGAUCAACAUCGCCAAAGCCAAAGCAAUCGAUUUCUGCUUACGAAACGAAGGACGGUUCUGACACUCCAGUUGUCGGUGAAGCCGAGCGUACACGUCGUGCUGUUACUCUUCGAGAGCGCUUGGAAUUGCGAAAGCUAGGAGGUGGUGACAGCUUGGCUGAAAAGAUGAAAGCACCGCUAGGUUGUGCGAGUGUAACGGAAAACAGGGCACAAAGCCGUCCAUUUGGUGUGAGAAGAGAGGGUGCGAAGGAAGGAGCUCCGAUGGUUGUUAGCACAAGUAAGGACGAAAGAACGCGCGAGUAUUAUGCUAAACUUGACGAGGAAAAUACGGCACGGGAAGCCUUGCGGCGUGUAACUCCGUACAAGUCGUCAUUAUCGUCGUCUAGCUCGCUGAAAGCACAUAUGUUGCCGGCUCCAUCCACGAAUGCUGCACCAAGCCGAACAUUUUCGUCGAAUCCACCGACAUCGGUGCAAACUGGACUAGUCCCAGCACAAAGAUCAGCAGGCCGCGCGUCACCGCAUCUAGCUGCGCCACGCAUGAAGAAACUGCAGUAUUCCGUUGCCGAGCUACGAAGACUGAUGUCUUUCGCCAUUACCAAGCCAACUGGUCUUCCUGAUAUGAAAAUUGUAGAGCGGAUACAACUCCGCGACCCGCGCUCCGUUCCUAAGCGGUCGCUUGGACGCCUGGGAGUAGGAAGUGGAAUAGGAAGAUCGAUCGGGAGAAGUAUCCGAAAGAGUGAUCGACCAGACAUUCGGCCUAGCGUGCGUGGAGCGAGAAACCAGGUUGGUUUGAGAGAUGGGAGACGGGACAGGCAAAGCCGUGGCGGCCGUGGUGGCGGUCGCGGCAGUCGUGUGGGAGGGAGUCGUGGCGAUUACGGCCGCCCGCCUACUCCGCCGCUGUUCGAUGGUCCCAUCGAGCCGCUUACUGUGUCCGAGAAUCGAUGGAAGCCGACAAAAGAGAAGGACGUUUCUGGUCUGGAAAAAACACUGAGUUAUAUAAAGAGUCUGCUGAACAAGCUUACGAGAGAAAAGUUUACGAAGCUGACGAAUGAGCUCUGUGCAAUCGAUAUCGACAGCUUUGUUCUGCUCAGCUCAAUCGUUUCGAUAAUUAUGGACAAAGCAUUGGAAGAGCCUGGCUUUGCGGACGUGUAUUCGGACUUGUGCAAGGAGUUUCAUACGCGGACGACAAAAACAACAUGGAGCUUUCUGAGAGUACUAAGUGACGAGAAGGGGGCGUUUUAUUGGACGGCGAUCGAUAAGGCGACAUUUGAAUCAUUCGUCGGCCCGUUCGACAGUCCGCGGAGCUGCCUCGAGAGUGUUGGAGCGGACACAAGUGCAGCUACUGCACCGUGCGAUAGUGCGUCUAUUUCUUCCGUACAAUUUCGCUUGUACGGUGAGUACCUGGUUGUCGUAGGCGAAAAGGAGCCUGGAGCGUUUUACUAUUCAACACGAAAGGUCAGCGAUAUCAGAGAUGACGAACCCUUCGGAGGACCAUUCGAGUCGGCGCACCUCGCUCGCCACGCAGCUGCAACUCAGACGACUUUUACGCGUCUACUCGUUAAUCGCUGUCAAGUUGAGUUUGAGAAGGCCAAUAAGCACAUUGGUCCGCAACAAGAAAAGCAGGAUGAAGACGAAGUUGACCCUCGACGACGUGAAGUCCUUGCGAUUCGUUCGAAAGCGAAGAUGCUUGGCAACAUUCGAUUUAUAGGUGAGCUGUACAAGGUCGAUCUGAUCAAACAGAAAGGAGUGCAAGGGUGCAUCUUCUACUUGUUGGGAUUGGAGUUGAUGCCGGGAGUGGGGGGUCAAGAGGAUCAAGCUCAAGCGGUCCGCUUUCCCGACGAAGUGGAUUUGGAGGCGCUUUGUAAAAUACUAGUUACAGCAGGGAAAAAAUUUGACCAGCCAAACACGAAGACGAUUAUGCAAAUCAUAAUUUUGCGCAUGGUGGAGCUGUCCGACGAUUUGAAGUUGCCCUCGCGAGCACGGUUUCUGGUCAAGGAUGUCCUCGAAACGAGGGAUCACAUGUGGGAGCCUCGCCGCAAAGAGAUGCAACAGAAAACCUUGGAAGAGGUACGAAGGGAGGCCCAGAAGCUCCAGCAGCAGGGGAAGAAUGCACAACACGACGACGUGCAACGGCGCCGUCUGAAGACCCGGGUCUCCAGUGCACAGCUCGCGAAGCAGAGUAGCAAUCUCAUUGUGGCGAAGCACAUAGAGCCAGAUGAACCUGAAGCGCCUGAGCCGGACAACGCGAAAGAGUUAUCUCCAGCACAACUGUCUACCCGCAUCAAAAGUAUCAUUCAGGAGUACAUCUCCAUCUUGGAUGUGGACGAAGCCAUCACGUGCGUUCAGGAGUUGCCUAGGGAACCAUACCACGUUGCAUUUGCUGAGCAGGCGAUUUAUACCGCGUUGGAAGGCAAGACAAGCGAGCGUGAGCAUGCGGCGGAUCUGCUUGUGGUGCUAUAUGAGCGAAGUGUGUUGGACGCAAAUUCCAUCCAGUCUGCUCUGAUGAAUGCCAUGGAGUUUCUGGAAGAUAUGAAGAUCGACUUGCCGCUCAUUCACCAGUACUCGGCACUGAUCUUUGGUCGACUGGUCGCUGCAGGCUGUUUUGGUUUAUCAUGGGUAAUUUCUGGAGCCCUGGCCCAUUGUGUGGAAUGUAAGCUUGCGUCACAAGUCCUUCCUGAAGUGCUGUCCGUGCUGGAAAUCGAGAGUGACGAGAGGACGGUGGUGCGAAUGCUCACGGACGAGGAAGUUACACCGGAAAGCGUUUUGCCUGCGGCGAUGAGAAACAAUGAGGCCGACGUCAAAGCCUAUCUUCGUGAAAGUGGCAUGGAGAUUUUCUUUGGUGGUGACUCUGACGAGGAGAGAGAACUUGAUCCUGAGAUUGCUGGAAAAAUGAGAAGUGCGCUGGAGGAAUACUUGUCUGUCAAAGACUUUGACGAAAUGAUGCAGUGCGUUGAGGAGGUUGAUGUCGUUGCUGAUCGCUGGCGGCACUUUGUGCACAUCAUGCUAGCAUUUGGUCUCGAGGCGACGCAGUCUGUACGGAAGGACGUGGCUGGGUUGCUGGAACAGCUACUUGCUACCGAGAAGAUAGCAUCGGAGGAUAUCGAGGCCGCCGUAGAGAGCAUCCUGGACGAUUACGUCGACUUGCUUGUCGACAUUCCUCGUCUCGCUGUCAACUUGAGCGAGCUUUACAUGCCGUUGUUUGCAAAGCAAGCCCUUUCGAUUUGCUGGCUAAGUGAAGCAUGCUCUCAUUUGGUAGAAAACGGUCAUGCAGCAGACGUGCUCGAUGCUCUGCUGUCUGCAUUUGGCGAUUCGGACGCUUUGGCUGCCUGGUGGAAAUCGCGGUCGGAUGCUGAUGCAAUUUGGACGCACCUGUCGCCGCUUGACGAGCGACUAGUGAGAUGGAAGGCGCUACUACGAUAA